AUGGAGGGACAGAAUGGAAAGGAAAGUGCUGGGCAAGAAAAAAGAUUGUCCGAAGCCGAGCUGAAGACAUGUUACCAGCAUUUUGAUCCUGCAGCGUACUUGCAAUAUAUCUAUACUCCACCACGUGCUAACUUUGACAACAAAGACAAUAUCGCACCAUGGCAACUUGGCUGGCUACACAGGGCUUUUACUGAGGGUGAUGUGAAGGGGGAUAUUCUGGUGGAUAUAGGUUCUGGUCCUACUCUCUAUCAAGUGAUGAGCGGCUGUGAGCGCUUUCGUCGUGUGAUCCUUUCUGACUUUGUGGAGGCGAACUGCAGGGAACUGCAGAACUGGCUACAGGGCAAGAGUAACAGUCUAGACUGGACUCCUUUCUUUCAGCAUGUCUGUAAACUGGAGGGGAGAAGCCCUGAUGCAUGGAGUGAGAAAGCACAGCGUCUUCGAUCCGUGGUAACCGACGUGUUACCCAUUGAUGUACACCAACCUCACCCGUUACUUCCGGAAGCCUUGCCCCCAUCUGGAGCUGACUGUCUGAUCUCCUGCUACUGCCUGGAGUCUGCUAGUCCUGACCUGGCUUCCUUUAACAGAGCCCUGGGUCACAUCUCCAGCCUGCUUCGUCAGGGGGGCCACCUCCUGCUCAUUGGAACCCUGGAAAUGACAUUCUACUAUGCAGCACCAGAAUUGUGUAUCCCUGCGGUGCGCCUGGAUGAGGCUCAGCUGUGUUCCAGCCUGAAGAACUGUGGCUUCCAGCUGCUGGAACUCAGCAUUUACCACCUACCACAGGACAUGCAGAAAAGUACUGAUGACGCUAAGUCCAUGUUCUUUGUGAAAGCUAAGAAACAGUAG